AUGAAACGGGAUGAAACAGGAAAGGACGCCUCUACAAAAUCGAAAGGAAAGAAGGGGAAGAAGAAGGAAGCCACAAAUUCUGACUCCAUCUCAGAGUAUUUUCCCAAGCCAGAACUCGGUGGCAGCACUGGUACUCAUCUGACAAAUCUGCAGUCAAAGAUGAUGCAGAGGCUUGACGGGGCGCGAUUCAGGUGGAUUAAUGAAGUGCUUUACAAGUCAAAUAGCAAAGAUGCCGAGCGCCUGAUGCAUGAGGACCCACAAGUGUUCGAAGAGUAUCACGCUGGUUUCAGACACCAGGUCACCUCAUGGCCGGCUAAUCCCGUAGACCAUUUCGUACAGACGUUAUCUUCUUCGUACUCAGAACGUUCGGUAAUUGUCGACUUGGGAUGCGGUGACGCGGAGCUUGCGCAGAAACUCGUGCCAAAGGGCUACACCGUGUUGUCGUUUGAUCUCAUUUCGGCAAAUCCAUUCAUUGUCGCUGCGGAUAUCUGCGAAAAUCUCCCGCUUCCAGGUUCUGAGAUUGUGGACGAAGGCCAAGUCGUGGAUGUCGUGGUGUGCUCCCUUAGUCUCAUGAGCACGAACUGGCUGAUUUGCAUUCGCGAGGCGAGGCGCGUAUUGAAGAAAGGGGGAGAACUUAAGAUCGCGGAAGUUACCAGUCGAUUCACCAAUGUCGACAAAUUUACGUCUGUAGUCUCUUCCGUGGGCUUUCGCCUUUUAUCAAAGGAUGAGCGCAAUACACAUUUUACCCUUUUUAGCUUCAAGAAAGCCGAAGAUUCAAAGGUUCUUGACGAUAAAGUUUGGCAGAAAAUUAUGUCUCGCGGAGAUGUCUUGCAACCCUGUGAAUACAAACGAAGAUGA